UCAGCCAAGGUCGAUCUUUCUAGAAAAAAAUGGAAGCAUCCGAAGGCACUGGCAAUGGCCGCUGCCGCCGGUGCUGUCCGUCCCUCCUCUUUGCCGUAGGAACCUCACCGGCCACCGCCACACGCACCUCCCCCUCCUCCCCGUCGUCUCCUCCUCCCCCUACCUUGUCUCCUACGACGCCGACAUCGGCAAGUACACCGCUGGUGAUGUCCUUCCGCCGAUCCUGUGACGCCUCUCAUGCCUACUCCUCCGAUGCAGCAGACCCGCCGCCCACCACCUGUCCCUCCUCACCACCUUCUCCUCCUCCCCUACCCCUUCUCCUCCGAUGAUCGGCAAGUACGCCGCCGGCGACAUCUGCCCCUUGAAUACCCUGUCUCGCUGCCGCCAACCUCCCCCAAUCCCUCUUCCCCUGACAUGGGUGUUCCCAAUCUUAGCUCAAAAUUCAGAUCAUCAUGUACACCACCCCAAUUCUCCCAGCUUCUUCAUCCCUCUCCCUUCCUAUGUCUUUCUUUCUGUCCAUCACGCUCUGUGUCUGAUGCCCUGCUCGCUCGCUGUCACCCGUGCCGCGUGGUGGCCACUACUGCUGCCAGUACUCCUAGCUCACCGUCAAUGAAUCGCGGAAGCCACAACCUCUUCAAGCGUGCUCGUUCGCCGUACUUGCGACUGUCUGGAGGCCGCACACCCUGCAGGCACGCCCACUGCCCAUCUGCCAUCACCAGACCGCAUGGAGGUCACACCCCAUGUGGGCGCGCUCGCUCCAGAGCUGCACCGGAUCCUCAGGAGCGCAAUGCCGCCAUGUCGACGAACAUGUGGACGGAUCAGCAACGAUCUUAGUAAAACACUCAUGGAUCAGGAGCAAGUUUUAGUAGUAUGGCAUGAUGUUGGAGCCUUUUGUCUAAACCUUUUGAACUAAGGAUGGUAGAUGGCACUUUCAGACAUUCCUGCUCGAAUGUUUUGUGCUUGCAUUCUUCCUCUGUAGUACUGAAAGAUCCAAUCUAAGACAAAGAAGCAAGAAAUGCACUUAGGAGAAAGAAGACUUGAGCCGUGACUCCUGCCAGCAAGAAUGCAUAGAUGGCAAGGAGUGUCUAUUUUGGUUCUUGAUUAUUGUAAUAUGGCUCAUUAAGCUGCUACAUAUCUGUUGAAUUGGGUGUCAUUUUGGAACAAAUAUUUGUCGCUGUAAUGUACAAUGCAUGGUCGAAAACUAAUUACUGG